CCGCCAGAGCCUUGACCUGUCUGAAGCACAUUGCCUUGGCCUCCUUCAGUCUCUUCAGGUUAUCCUGGUCCUUUCUAAGGUUAGAUGCCUGGUGCUCUAGCUUGACCAUGGCAGUGCUUGGGCUGAGGUUUGAAGAGUCUGAGUUGGGGAUUUUGUUGGGCUUGAACCACUUGUCCUUAUAGUGUUGCCUCAUGGACAUCUGCUUGGGAUUGGAUGGAGCUUUGUGCACUUUCAUGGUACCUUAUGGCUUUCCUUUCCUCCAUGACACUGAUUCCAGUGUCCCUUGCAUAGCAGCAAUCUAUUGUCAAGGGUGAGAAAUGCAUUCAAAGGUGAAUAGCAACCAUGCCCAACGGGUUUUGUCCUUUCUGAAUGAGCAGAGGAGUCUCAGCUGGUUCUGUGAUGCCAAGCUGACUGUAGGAGGAGGUGGGAGGGUGUACAACGGCCAUCGCAAUAUCCUGGCCUGUUUCAGUGGGCGGUUCCAGGAGUCUGAGCCAACCACCACCAUGGUUAAGGAGGUCUCCCUCCCAGAGGAGUGCCCCACUGAUGGCCUGGAACUGCUUCUAGACUUUUUCUACACAGGGGAGUUAAAACUUGACUCUCUGAAUCUGGAGAAUGUGCGACAGGCUGCAGACAGCCUAUGUGUACCAGAUGCGCUCGCACUUUGUCAGCAGUUUGCCACAGAAGGGAUAGUCUCCCCAGAAGGACCGCAGUCUGCAUAUCUUCUGGCUGAAAAUGAUGGCUCAAUCUCAGCUGUAAUUUAUGUGGAAACCAAGGCCCCCCUAAAAAGGGGGAGGCCCCCUAAAAAAAGAGGGAGGCCCAAGAAAUCCCAAACCCCUUGUAGUGGCUCAAGUAAGAAGGAUUGUCCGGAAGCUACUGCCACCACAACUGCCAUCACAACUCGCUCUGGGAGUAGGGUGAAGGCCUCCAGAAGACUGCUUGGAGAGGGCCCCAGCUUGCAUCUCCUGCCCCAUGGGGGGACCACUAGCAGGGGGACUCCACCACUAGUUAUUAGCCUGAAGGAUAGGAGUGAUGGGGCUGUGGAGGAGGGACAAAGCCUCCCUCAGCCUACAGAUAUAACAGAGGUAACGGACGUGGUCGGCAGCCUUGUAGCAGAUUUGAGCUACAAAGCUAAUUCUCAUCUGCAGCCUCUUGAUGAAGAAGACUAUGAUGAUGAUGAUGGCAGUGGUGGUGAUUUGGUGGAGGGGGUAGAUGAGGACACUGAUGAAGACUAUGUGCCCCAUGCCCUGCCUUCUACCUCCUCCAGCCCCAAAGGCAGACGUAAAGGACCAGGAAAAGCUGUCAAUAAAGAGAACGGUGAAGGGGAAGCCAAGGGGUCUACAAAGGGCUCUGUUCAGUGCCCCACCUGCAAUAAGACCUUCCUCAGCAAGUACUACCUCAAAGUACACAACAGGUGUCAUACAGGUGAGAUGCCCUUUCCAUGCUCUAAGUGUAGAAAGAGGUACUACAGGAAGGAGAAUUUGAUGGACCACCAGGCCAGGAACUGCAACUGUAGUGAAAAAAUAGAAGCGGUACACAACUGCCUUCAAUGCCACAUGUCAUUUGACAGAUUGGUGGAUCUACGUCUGCACACCGUCUCCCAUACAGGGGAAAUGCCCAAUAAGUGUACGUCAUGCUCGGAACAAUUCAUGCAUAAAAAAGAUUUGAGAAAUCACGAAAUCAAAAUCCACGGUGCACCCAAACCACAUGCAUGCUCUCUGUGCAGCAAAGCCUACCUGUCUAAAACAGAGCUGCGUCUGCAUGAGGCGUCCAAGCAUCGCGGCGAGAAGCUCUUUGUGUGUGAGGAGUGUGACCAUCGAGCCUCCAGCCGACACGGCCUGCAGAUGCACAUCAAAGCCAUUCACAGAAACGAGCGUCCAUUUGUGUGUGAGUACUGCAACCGUGCGUUCACCCAGAAGGCUAACCUGAACAUACACCUACGGAUUCACACUGGAGAGAAGCCCUAUCAGUGCCACCUCUGUGGGAAGACCUUCCGGACACAGGCCAGUCUUGACAAGCACCACCGCACCCACACGGGAGAGCGACCUUACAGCUGCGAGUUCUGUAACCAGCGCUUCACAGAGAAGGGCCCAAUGCUCCGCCAUGUCGCCAGCAAGCACCAGGACGACCGCCCUCACUGUUGCAAGAUAUGUAGCAAGACCUUCAAGGCGGUCGAGCAGCUCCACGUCCAUGUGCGUCGCCAUCAGGGCAUGAGGAAGUUUGAGUGCCAAAAGUGUGGCUACAAGUUCACCAGACAGGCCCACUUAAGGCGUCAUGUUCAGGUCCAUACCCGUACAGAGAACUACAAUCCACGUGAGAGAAAGCUACGGAACCUGAUAGUAAAGGACGUGGGGUCGCAGGAUGAGACUAGCCCCUCACAGACACCACCCACUGAGAAGGAGACACCCGAGGGGCCGGCACCUGUCUCUGGACCCAGUGUCCCGGUCUCUGGACCUAUACCUGGACCUGGAACAGUACCAGGAGCCAGUGACAUCCUCAGGGUGGUGAUCAAGCCCCUGGUGGAGGAGGUGGGCUUUAACCAGGGCCAGGUUGGGGUGGCACAGGGACAUGGCAAGGGUUUGGGUGUGAUGGGGCAUAGCUUCACUGUGACAGAUGUGAUGGAGCAGACUCUCCUGGUGGCAGAUUAUCCCAUCCCUGAGACCACGGUGGAGCUGGAGGACAUACAGGAGGACCCUCCUGCUAAGAGCAAUGCCUGAGGACGGGACAGACUGGUUGGUAUCUCACACCGCUAGAGCGGCUUGAGUACUGCAAGACUUCAAGAACUCCCACAGUGUGGCUACUCGCUCUGCAGUCAAAGCAUUCACUUAAUUUCAGUCAUUAUUGUAACCAUGUUUUCUGUCCAAAUUACUGUACAGAAGAACUGGAAGUUUCCACUCAGCCCAGUAGACUAUGAAACCCCUCAAGAUAUUCCCCUACUCUGUGAACAUCAUAUUAAUUUUGUCUGUGCAUUGGGUCUGGCAAUGAACUACAACUUGGCUUAGGCUACUUAAGUUAUUUUAAAGGUUUUAUGAAGUUUGUUGUGUUUUUACACUGCAGCCUACAUUAGACAAAUCAAGUCAAUAGGUCAGUUUGUGAGAAGAAGUGAAUGUAAAUCAAUGGGAUUGUCUUGUUUCAUCAAGUAAAACGGUAAACAGAAUAAAGUGGCAGUUUUAUUGUAA